AUGCAUGUCUUUUUAAAAUGUAGCUGCAAAAUAGCUACUGGUGUGAAAAUGUUGCACAUAUUCUUACUAACAGUCAUUUCCGAUACAGCUCAAAGGAAAUUGCAUGUUUCAGGAAACAGACCCAGCGAGCUGUCCUAUGCAAACAAAAUCGCACGAACAUGUCAGAGAAUCAUGAGAAUCAAACGAGCCGUGGAUUUGGACACUGCUUUUCUCAAAUCCAGAAGGGGUAUUUUGAAAUUAGCAGAGAUGGGGACCCUGCUUGUGGCAUUUGUGUGCUUCACUGCAGCAUCCAUACCAAAGUACACUGCGGCCACAUUGUUGGAGUUUAUGAUCACUUUGCUUCUUCUUUUGCUCUACCUGCUCAAACUCAACAAGAGACUGACUUUCUUCUUUUGGCCUCUCAUUGAUGUUUUCAAUUCGGUCUUUGCAGCAGUCUACUUUAUUGUCUUGAGCCUGAUGGCUUUGUCUACGUACAGUGUUGCAGGCAAGCUGGCUGGAGCGAUCGUGUGUCUGAUAUUAGGUGGACUGCUGUGUGUGGACAGCUUCACGCUUGUAAGGAUCAUCACAUUCAACAAGCCAAGAACUGAAAUCCAGACUCAAGCCAAGGGAUAAAUUAAUUACAGUAAAUUAAAGAAUGCAGUAUGGGAGAAUUAACAAACUAAACUCCCCCAACACUGAUGACUUUAUUACAUGUCGGUAAUCUGAAGGCUGUACUGUGUUGGAAACUGUCUUUAAAUUAAAAGUUACU